CGGAAGUGGUUUCUAGCUGCUUCGACUGAAAUCUGGUAAACGGGUACGCGACCAACCAAGUCUAUACAAAAUUUCCCUUCAGAUAAGAAUUCAAUUUCGCCAAACAAGAAAGAGGGAAAAAAACCAAAGAGAGAAAGAGUGGAAAACUGUUUCCCAGGUUCCUGUGAAGAUUAGUCUUGGGAGUCUGGGCGCUAACAUGCCAGAAAUUUUCCAAGAUGGCGGCUCCUUCGACAGGACACGGAGUUUUUCUCUUGUUGUUUAUUUUGCCAAGGUGUACAGAAGUUCACGGUUGGGAUUCUAUUGAUCUAGAGCUGUUUGACCUUGUAGAAGAAAUCAAGGAUAAUUUUUAUGAUGUUCUUGGGUUGAAACAGGAUGCAAGCCAGGCAGAUAUCAGAAGAGCGUAUCGUAAACUUUCCCUUCAACUUCACCCUGAUAAGAACAAAGCACCAGAUGCCGAAGAAAAGUUCAGACAGCUUGUUGCAGUGUCAGAAGUUCUGAAGGAUGAAGACAAGAGGAAAAGAUAUGAUGGCAUUUUGCAGGAUGGAUUGCCGGACUGGCGACAACCAGUAUUUUACUACAGGAGAGUCCGUAAGAUGGGACUUAUAGAAUUUGCACUCCUUAUUUUCCUCAUAUUAACAGUAGGACACUACAUCGUGGCCUGGUCAAUAUACCUGGAGAAAAAAUUUGAACUGGAAGAACUCUUAUUUUCCAAGAGGAAACGAGAAGACAAGAAGAGAAACAAGAAAAUGAAAUCCAAACUGACUGAUGAAGACAUUCCUGAUCUAGCAGAUUUAAUGGUUCAAGAGGUGGGGGUGUCCAAACCCACAUUCAUGGACCUGCUGCCAUUUAAAAUGACUCACGUGCUCAUUGGAUUCUUUAAAUCACUGCCUGAACGAUAUCAAGCUCUCUUGGAAUACUGGAGAGACAGACGGAAAGAAAAGAUCGAGGAAGACGAAGAAGAUGGUGAUGAUGACGAAAAAGAAGAAGAAGAGCAACCAUCCAGACCAAGGAGACGACAAAGAGUGAACAUUCUUCAAGAAGACACAGAUGACGCCAGCUGGGAAGGGGCACCCGUCACAAAUGCGAUGAACAUAGCAACAGAGAGCGUGCAGGAAACCACUGCAGUAGAGAAGACGGGCGAGUGGACAGAUCACGAACAGUCUCUGCUGACCCGUGCUAUGAUAAAAUUUCCCGGGGGGACCCCGAACCGCUGGGAGAAAAUUGCUGUGGAGAUUGGACGAUCAGUAGAGGAGGUUACAAAACAAAUGAAGAAGCUGAAGCAGUCCUAUGGAGCAAAUAUUCACUCAGCGAACACAGGUACAGGAGACCUGGGGUCGUUAGUGAUGAACAAGAAGAAGGCGAUUGUGAGCGAUGAAUGCCUUUCGCAAGCGGAUGAAUGCUACAACUUUGGGACUAAUACAAUUCAAAAUCACAACAGAUCAACGAAGAGCAAACAGACAGCGGCAAAGAAGGCAGCGGAUCGGCCCGUUAACACAGCAUCAGUGGUGCGUGACGGAAGUAACAAGACGUCGGAACAGAUGGAUGGCGUUACCAAUGAAAACGUGAUUGGUAACGACAGCUCUGUUUGGAGUCAGAAUCAACAGAAACAGCUGGAGCUUGCUCUUCAACAGUUUCCGAAGACAGUGACAGAUCGGUGGACUUGCAUAGCACAGGCGGUGCCUGGGAAAACAAAGGAGGAGUGUAUAUUGCGGUACAAAUUUCUUGUGGAAUGUGUGCGGAAGAAGAAGCUGGCUGGACAGCAAUAACAGAUAUUAAUGAAUUGAAAAGAGUAUUUAAAUUAUUUUUAUUUUCUCCAGUAACUUAUCAAAAAUGUCAGAAUGGCUGUAAAGGCAAUGUAUUUCGCGACUCUACUGUCGUGUUUUUGGACAAAAUAGAAAUAUUUUUCUAUGUAAAUGAAGAGAAACUGAUACCUGAAAAAUGUUUAAGUUGUUAUAAAAGAAAUACAGACUGGUUUUGCAAUGUAAAAUUUUGGUAAACACACAAACCUUUUGGCGAGUGUUAUUUGUGGUAAAUCGUAUCGGAAAACAACUGGAAAACAACCAACAGUGAGGAAUUACGCAAUAGUCUGCUUGUCCUCAGUAAUAGUCGCCUUCACCACUAUCCUAGCUGCUAAUUAUUUACAGGGUAGCGAGACAAUUGUUUUUUUUGUUGUUGUUGUUUUGUUUGUUUUUUUAAGUAUGUUUGACAUCGACUACCACAAACAAAUCUGACAAAUUUUAUUUGGUAGAGAAAGGUAUUUAAAUCUGAAAAAGCAUUGGGGAUUAUCUGAUAUAGCAUUAAUCCAGCUGACAGAAUACAGCCAGAACAUUAGAAAAUUGAAUCAGCAAUUACACAACUCUGACUAGUCUCUUGUCGACCCUGUGCACAACGUAACAUUAGAAAUGUGCAGACUUGGAAAGGACACGGACAUUGUUUUCUCGUGUGCCUUGCUGGAGUAUUUCCUUAAGUACAUCACACGGUGCAUGGAGGAACAUACUUCUGUAUAGGCCGGUUUAUUUAUUUAUUUUCUUUUUUGAAUCGUCGUCGUUCUCCGUCCAGUUUUCUAAUGAUCCACCGCUUAAUAUUUAGAUUCUUUUUUUUGCAACCUUAUGGCUGGCAAUUGGCAAGUCACUAGGAAUUAUCACGAUUAAAAAUGACGAUUUUCAGAUUAUUUUUAAUCCGCAUUUAAAUGAAUCUGAAGUUGAGGUGGGUGUACGCCUUGUUUGUUGGCGAGAGGUUGUCAAGUCAUAUGACUAGAAAAAAGAAAUAAAAUAAACGAAAAAGUAAUUAUCUGUUCGAUCUGUACGGUAGAAAAGACGGCUACCGAACGAGUCUGCUGGCGAAGUUUUUGUUAAACAUCUAAUCGAAACAGACAAACCAUCAUAACGUUUUCAUCCUUAAAGUCAAAGAUUGACUCAUGUGGUACUGUUUAUUGUAUUGUACAAGGCGGUUCUAACUUGCAAGGCCAUGGAUAAAACUGUAGUGUGUGGCCAUUCAAAUCAAAACUAUUGAGCAGUAUUUUCAUGUGGUGCUGUUUAUUAUGCUGCACAAGGUGGUUGUAACCUCUAAGGCCGUUGAUAACCCUCUAGUGUGUGACUAUUCAAAUGAAAGCUAUUUAGCAGUACUUUCAUGUGGUGUUUCAUAUGCUGUACAAGGUGGUUCUAACCGUUAAGGCUGCGGAUAAAACUCUAGAGUGUGACCAUUCAAAUGAAAGCUAUUGAGCAGUACUUUCAUGUGGUGUUUCUUAUGCUGUACAAGGUGGUUCUAACCUUUAAGGCCGUGGAUAAACCUCUUAGUGUGUGACUAUUCAGACGAAAGUUAUUUAGCAGCACUUUCAUUUGUUGCCGUUUAUUAUGCUGUACAAGGUGGUUCUAACGUUUAAGGCCGUGGAUAAAACCCUAACGUGUGACCAUUCAAAUGAAAGCUUUUGAGCGGUACUUUCACGUGGAACUGCUUUUUUUUUUUUUUUACUACAUUGGUUGUUCUUACCUUUGCUAAAUCCUGAGUGCACAUUUCAAGUGAAAGCAUUUGAACUGUGCACCCAUAAUACAUUGACAUAACACAAAUACAUUGACACAUUAAUGAAACUUUUAUUUACCUACUUACACCCAAGCGCGCGGUGCUUUUAGUCAACCUCGUUAAGGAAUACGCAUUAAGGAUGUGGAAAUUAUAAAAAAUCUAGUCUUUCUGGGUUAAAACGAGCUGUACCUGCAAAAAUUAGAGGUGUCUGUAUUAUUUGGAUAUUGAUAGGAAGAGGUCUGUUUUACUGAAUGGACCGUUUAUUAAACAACAGAACCCGCUUAACGAAGUUAGUUCAAGAGGAUUUAAAAAAGAAAUACAGUCAUUUAAGGAACGUCCGGGGAUUUUGAAAUAGUGGGAUUCUUGGCAGGGAUAUAUCAAAAUCCAAUUACAGUUCGUACGUAUGUUCGAGUAAUUUUUUACGUCAAAGAGAGUUUGUUAUUUGCAGUAACAAUUAUUCAGGGCCUUUGAGGUUU